AUGUUUAAAUCAAUACUAAAACAUAAUAAAUCAUUUUCAACUAUAUCUAUACGUCGAGCAGCAUCGCCUACUGCACCAGAUGCAUCAGUAAAAGAAAGAAAAAGGAAAAUAAAAUCCGAUUUAAAAUUCAAGGAAUUGGAUAAUUUACCAAAACAUCCAUUAUAUAUGCCAAUAUCACAAGCAUUAAAUUAUUUAAGAUCAUUUGAAAUUGGUAGACCAUCAAAAUCAACAAAUAUAAUCUGUACAUUAUUUAUUAAAGGUGAACAAGGUGCAAUUCCAAUUUCAGGUACUAUAAAUAUACCAUUCCCACCAUAUCGAAAAAUUAAACCAAUUAUAUUUACAUCAAAUAAUGAAGUUAAAGAAGUAUUAAGUAAAACUAAUUUAGAUAUAAUGAUUGGUGGUAAUGAAUUAGUUGAUAAAUUUUUAUCACAAGAAUUAACACCAGAUUUAUUUACCCAUGCAUUUGCUACACCAGAAUUGGAAAGACAUUUAAAAACAAAUUUAGGUAGAAUUUUAGGUCCUUCUGGUUUACAACCAACUGCUAAAAAGGGAACAGUAACUGAUGAUCCAAAUAAAAUUUUACAAGUAUUAAAUUCUUUUCAAAUUAGACAAAAAGAUUCAAAAAUUGAUUUCCCAAUUGGAAAUUGUGAUUUUAAUGAUUACCAAAUUAUAUCAAAUUUAAAAUCAAUAAGUGAAUAUAUUAAUAAAAUAAUAGAUGAUCCAAAUGUAGUGAAGAAGAAUAAAUUGGGUUAUUGUUAUAUAAGUACUGGUAGAACACCACCUUUAGUUAUAGAUUUUAAAUAG